CCCUGGAAUGAGUCGGUGUAUCCAAACUUUUGUAUCCAAAUCUAAUUAAGUGUCUCAAAAUAAAAAUAAAUGUCCCUUGACUGUUACCCUCCCAGCCACCAGGUGGCGACGUGCCUGUUUCAGGGCAAUGCUGCCGGUGUGACGUAUAAUCUAAUGGACGGGACGCUUCUUCAAACAACAAAAGCGAGUUAUUCACCUCGGUAUCUUACUAGCCAACAUAGACGAUACAAUUGCAGAUCUUUAAAUGCUUUCGUUGUAUAUUAGCCACUGUGUUUUAAACACACGUGUCGUAUCUCCUGGUUAGUUACCCAAUUUAAUAUUUACGUUGUUGUUAGCUAGCUAGCUGGAUAAAUUAGCAGUGCAAGUCUUGUCACUAAUGCUAACUAGCUAUCUAACUAACAUCCCAGACCAUGAGUUCACUGAGCUACUCUCCUCCUGUUAAAGAAGAGGAGGUCUGCUGGACGGAGAAAGAAACUCUGGGGCUGAACAUUGUCGUGAAAGAGGAGGAGGAAGAAGAGGAUGUCACAGUAAAACAAGAAACAGAGGUUGAGGCUGUUACAGUGAAAGAAGAAGAGAAAGACGUUAAAUUGACAGAAGAUGAAGACGCGUUCAGAGUGAAAGAGGAGGAGGAUGUUACAGUAAAAGAAGAAGAGGAAGAGAAAGAGGGGGAGAUGACUGCCACAGUGAAAGAAGAGGAAGACGUUUUUGGAAUGAAGGAAGUGGGGGAGAUUACUGUCACAUUAGAGGAGGAAGAAGAAGAGGAGACAGGAGAUCUGAUUAACAACAGAGAGAGACCAGUCUGUCACUCUGACAGCAGUAAGAGUCCUUCAGAGGAACCAGACCCAGAGACUCCCAAAUCAGUGAGACGACUCAACUGCUCCAAGUGUAAUAAGAGUUUCAAGUUGUCAUGGAACCUAAAAGAGCAUGAGAGAAAACACACAGGAGGAAAACCUUUCCACUGCUCCCAGUGUGGAAAGAGAUUUUCACGAUCACAGAACCUAAAAAAACAUAGUAGAAUACACACAGGAGAAAAGCCUUACCACUGUUCCCAUUGUGGAAAGAAUUUUAGGUUGUUGGAUAAGCUGAAGGAGCAUGAGAGGACGCACACAGGGGAGAAACCUUACCCUUGCUCCGUGUGUGGAAAGAGUUUUACCCAAUUAGCUUACCAAAAAGAGCAUGAAAGGAAACACACCGAAGAAAAGCCUUUCCAAUGUUCCCAGUGUGGAAAGAGAUUUUCCCGAUCACAGAACCUAAAAAUGCAUCAGAGGACACACACAAGGGAGAAAACGUAUCUCUGUUCCCAGUGUGGAAAGUGUUUUACUCAUUUAUGGAGCCUGAACAAACAUAAUAGAACGCACACAGGAGAAAAACCUUACCACUGUUCCCACUGUGGACAGAGUUUUAGGUUGUUAGGUAACCUAAAAGAGCAUGAAAGGAAACACACGGGAGAAAAGCCUUUCCAAUGUUCCCAUUGUGGGAAGAGAUUUACACGAUCACAGCAACUAAAAUCGCACGAAAGGACACACACGGGGGAGAAACCAUACCACUGCUCCCAGUGUGGAAAAAGUUUUACGCAGUUAGCGAGCCUGAACACUCAUAAGAGAAUACACACAGGAGAAACGCCUUACCCCUGUGCCCUAUGUGAAAAGAGAUUUUCACGACCACAGGAACUAAAAUCUCAUGAGAGGACACACACAGGGGAGAAACCAUACCACUGCUCCCAGUGUAAAAAGAGUUUUUCGCUGUUAGGGAGCCUGAACAAACAUAAUAGAAUACACACCGGAGAAAAGCCUUACCACUGUGCCCAUUGCGGAAAGACAUUUUCACGAUCACAGGACCUAAAAUCACAUGAGAGGACACACACAGGAGAAAAGCCUUACCCAUGUCCCCAUUGUGGAAAGAGAUUUUCACGAUCACAGGAACUAAAAUCACAUGAGAGGACACACACCGGGGAGAAACCUUAUCAUUGCUCCCUGUGUGGAAAGGAUUUUUCCCAUUUAGGGAGCCUGAACAAACAUAAGAAGACAAUGCACUCUUGAGUGAAGCCUUACCCAUGUUCCCAUUCCCAGGCUGUGUUCUGAUGAGUCACAGUGUUCUGAUGAGUCACAGUGUUCUGAUGAGUCACAGUGUUCUGAUGAGUCACAGUGUUCUGAUGAGUCACAGUGUUCUGAUGAGUC